CAAUUCACAAGCACCAUUCACCAUGGACAUGAUAGUGGCCUCCCGCAGAAGGGCUCUGGAGACACGGAGUAACCGCGCGCCGUCCUCCACUAUGCGCUCGUGGGCUAAAAGCAGUCCUAUGUCUUUCAAAAGAUCCACAAAUAUGGCCGCAUCCAGGGCUGCGUACAGCCCCGCCGUGCUCGCGUCUCCAGAAGGCUUCGAGCUGAGCGCGGCGCUCAGUGGAGAUCCGGUGCGCAGUAACGAGAAGGAGCAGCUCCAGGGGCUCAACGACCGCUUCGCCAGCUACAUCGACAAGGUUCGCUUCCUCGAGGAGCAAAACAAACAGCUGGAGGCAGAGAUCCAAGCGCUGAAGCAGCAGAACUUUUCGCAGUCCCUGCAAAGCGAUGCGUACGACCGCGAGCUCCAAGACCUGCGCUGCGCCCUGGAGCAGCUUCACGUGGAGAAGGCGCAGAUGCUGCUCGACACGGACCACGUGGAUGAGGAUCUGCAGCGGCUCCGGGAGCGCUACGAAGAUGAAGCCAGGCUCAGAGAGCACACGGAGGCUGCGAUCCGGGGCAUGAAGAAAAACAAGGACGACUCGCUUCUGAUGAAGCAGGAGUUGGAAAGGAAGGUCCAGGCGCUCGGGAACGAAAUGGACUUCUUGCGGCAGAACCACGAGGAGGAGAUCAGCGAGCUUCUGGCUCAGCUUCAAGCCGCGCAGGUGCCGGUGGUGGAGAUGAGGGACCUCCAGAAGACCGACAUCACCUCUGCGCUCCGGGAGAUCCGCGCGCAACUGGACGGGCUCUCCUCCAAGAACCUCCAGCAGGCCGAAGAGGUGUUCAAGUGCCGCUAUGCCAUGCUGACGGACGCCUCGGAACACAACAAGGAUGCUAUGAAGUCCAUACGGGACGAGAUCGCAGACUACCGCCGUCAGAUCCAAGCCAAGAACAUUGAGCUGGAGGCUCUUCGUGGCACCAAAGAUUCAUUGGAAAGGCAGCUGCAUGAUAUCGAAGACCGCCACAACACCGACGUUGCCAGCUAUCAGGAAAUGAUUCACCAAUUGGAAAAUGAUCUGAAAGGAACAAAAUGGGAAAUGGCUCGUCAUCUUCGGGAAUAUCAAGAUCUGCUUAACGUCAAGAUGGCACUGGAUGCUGAAAUAGCAGCUUACAGGAAACUGCUGGAGGGUGAGGAGACGCGCUUCCGUACCGUCUCCGGAAGUAUUUCAACCCCCGUGUUUGCCUACAGCCAGCCUAAAACCUCUAAGGUCAAACAUAAAAUAGUGGAGGAGAUCAUCCAGGAGACCAAAGGAGAGAGUGACCUUGACGAUGAUCUGGCAGAGGUGGCUAAAGAAGUGGCGGAAGAAGCUGGUGAGGGUGAAGAGGAGGAAAAGAAGGAAGAGAUUGUCACCGCCAGUGAGGCCAAAGUGAGUUCUGCUGCUCCUGAGGCGGAAGAAGAGGAAGAGGCAGAAGGAGGAGAAGAGGAAGAAACAGCAGAAGAGGGAGAAGCUGCUGAGGAGGAAGCGGAAGCAGAAGAGGGGGAAGAAGCAGAAGAAGGCGAGGAGGAAGAGGAACAACAAGUGGAAGUGAUCGAGGAGACAGAACUCUGCGGUGAUAAAUCUCCAACAGCAGAGAAAGAAGGCAGCGAGAAAGACGAAGAAGAAAAGAAAGAGGAAGAGGAGGAUGAGGGUGGUGAAGAACAAGAGGCAGAGAGUAAAGAAGAAACCAAAGAUGAUGAGGAGGAGAAAGAAGAAGCUGAUGAAAAAGAGGAGACCAAAUCCGAAGGAGAUGAAGAGAAGAAAGACGAGUCUGGAGGAGAGGAAACGAAGGCUGAUUCAGAGAAGAGCGACAAAAAGAGCGAUUCAGAAGAAGACGAGAAGAAAUCAGCAGAAAAGGAGAAACCAGUAGAAGAAAAAGAAGAAAAAAAGGAAGAAGCCAGUCCGAAAGAAGAGGUCCAAACCAGAAUAGAGGAAACCAUCACCAAUGGAGACAAGGAGAGCAAACCUGACACAGAGAAAGAGAAGAAGUCCGAGGAAAAGCCUCAGGAGAAAAAGAAAGUCACCAAGAAGGUGGAGAAAGUCAGUCCGCAGGCAAAGAAGGAAAUCAAAGGAAAAGACUGAUGCAAAUGACUUUGACAGGGAAUUAGUUAUAAUCAAUUCUUAGAAAUAAUUCUAUUUGAUGCAAAUGGCGUUUGAUGCAUCUGGCAAAAAUAAUUGCAUGCAUGGUAAUGACUGACUUGCAUGUGUGGUCUGGAGCCAUGCUGAGCCGUCGCGACUGAAACAGAAACUAUAACGCGUUUGAAUUAAAGUGCAAGUACAUUUAUGCUGCUAAUGACUCGAACGAUGAGAGAUUCUUCAGCAGUUGUUUGGCAAUAAUGGUGCUAUAAUAUCAUCACUCGCAGGCGUACUUUGAGCUGUAACUCCAUU